AUGCGCAGAGCUCUGAUACAUUGCUGUCAGCUUCUCUUCCUAAGCCAAGUUUGGCAUGUGAUUUAUGGGAUUUCUGAUGCUAUAGUAGAGAUUGUGGCAACAUGCAAUGAGGAUGCGCUGCUCCCUUGUCAAGUUGUUCAGGAUCCACAGGUCACGUAUAAUGAAAUCUCCUGGUACAAGAUUGAUGAAAAGAGUGAAGAAUUGUCAAAGGUUGAAUGGAAGGAGCUGCAGUAUAAUAAGGAAUACAAUGAUUCAAGAGAACUUAAUUCCUCUUUAGAGCUCUCCAACAGCAAAUGGUAUUCUCUGAGGAUUAAAAAUACUACAAAUUACAACAGUGGGACAUACAAAUGCAUCUUGGAAACCUCAGACAGAAAGUACAACAGAAGUAACACUAUCACAUUAACAGUGAAAGGUUGUCCUGAGCAAUUAGAAGAAACAAAAUUUAAAAAGCACAGAGCAGAGCUUGUCUUGCUGUGCUCGCUUGGUCUUUUCUACUUGCUGCUCAUUUUUUUUACCUGUACAUGCCUAAAGGAGAAAGGGUCUAGAGAUUUCCAUAAAUCUAGAAAGAGACCCGUCUCCACCAGACUUAACAGUACCUAUCAAAAGAAUGACUCCAACAGCACUGACAAAGACAAACUUAAUCAGCAUGCUCUCCCAGCUGAUUUUCUUCAAUCGGUGGAGACUCAUCUAUAG